GAAGACUACAACUGGUGAAAUUUUAGUUUUUGCCCCUUUAAUGAUUGUGUACUGAGUACAUUGUAUUUCCGAAAGUGUGGGUAGUAAGUACUCUUGCAAUGGUACAUGGUGGAGACGAUAGUCGACAUCAUGGAUCAUUCUGAAGCUGGUCAGCUGCGAGCGGAGACCGAAGCCGAGCUGAAAGCAAAAUCUGGGGAGUUUUACGACUCGACGAAAGCGUGUGCAGCACCAAGGGCCAGAUUACUACAAUGUCUUCGAGCGAGCAAUUGUGUGAAAGAGCGUGGUCUAACGCCACGCGAGUGCCUGCUGCUGAAAGAGGAGGGUGCAUACGAGUGCGAGCAGUUCCGCUUGAGAUUGUUCUACUGUAAACAUUCUAUGGUAAGCAAAAGAAGUCGCCUGCGUGGUCUGGUUGGAAACGACUAAUCCCCCCGUCCGAGUGUGCGUGCUCGUGAUCCUUAGCUACAUGUAUGUGUCGCUGGUGCGUGUGAUGCCAUUGCCCUCUGCCUGUGAUCGGGAUUCCUGUCUUCCUUGCACGUUACGAUCACCGAACAACAGUAUUGAUCUACUCUUCACGCUGCUUCCGCCGACCCCAUACUGCCAUAGGAAAUGCGGUUGCAGCUACUUCCAGUGAAUGUAUCUCUCUGUGUGGAUGACUGUACAGAAUUGAGCUGUCUGUGGCAGGUGUGUGUGAGCACACUUGGAAGCACCCUCCCUAGCCGACAUCGCUGUAUCUAUCACCAGCUAUGGUAAGACUGUAUCUGUCAUGCUGUUGCUAUAGCGACUGGCAAGAUGGCCACGGUGCUGCCGUUGCAAUGGAAAUGGUUCAUUUCAAUUUUUGACCGAUAGACGUUGAUCUGCGUUGAGGCUGGGCGUCGGUUUCAGCUGUUUGAGACACUGCAUUGAGAUGAUCACUGAAGCAGCACGCUGUGUCUGUCCUAGGAGGCAGACUGAUAUGACUGGCGUUGGCACCUGUAUGUACAGCUGUAGUAUUGUUUGUAAUAUAGUUUGUGUUAUGUUCAAUUUUGUUACUGCAAGCCGAUUGGUGAUUGCUGCUGGCCUGUUUUUCUGCAUUGCUGGGUGAUUUGAUUUCCGCAUUUUCUAGUUCCUGACGUUAUGAUUUCAGCAUGACUUCAAUACACUGCUAACAAGCUAACACUAACAGUAACAUUGUACUAGCAAGAGUACAUGAAAUCCAGA